UGUGCAUGUUUUCUAUACAAAGCUAAAUAAUAUCCGAUGUCAGAUUGAGAGCAUAUAUUUUAUCAAUUGAAGGUAGUAAGGUUAGCCGCAAAAUUAUUUAAUCCCGCAGAUGGCACUAUUUGCCGAAUAGCGAUCAGUAAACUUAUCUUUUGGUUACCUUGUUGCCCCAAUUGUUACCUCUUUGUGUUUUAUUUAACUUUAACUGAUCAUUAAACAGUGCGCCGAAUUUUCAUUGUGAUUUUGUUAUAUUUUACAUAGUUAACGAAGAAACAAAAAACACAAAGUGUGGUUGAGUAGAUUUAUAUACUAGUUGGGGUUAUAACCUGUCACGCAAUAAAUACCAAAAAUCUGGUAUAAGACUUUUUCUACCGACAGCCGUUUAUUUUAUUUAUUUAUUUUUUUUUUCAAAUAUGAGAUAAGAUUCAAAUAUAGACUUUUUACAUGAAACCAGGAAAUAACCUUCAUUUACCACUGUUUCGUCAAAGUUAUAUAAAAGGCGUUACAAAUGGACAGGGGACAAGAGAAUAGGGCGAAACUUUCACGAGCAAUUCAGAGUUGCAGUGCGGAAUUGGUGGAUACACAACCGUUUAGCGAUAGUGAACUACCAGAUAUUCUUAUCCAAGACGGUUGCAUUACAGAGGAUGAAUGUAAAGAGAUGCGAGCAAAAACGGUCAGAAAAGAUCAAGUUCGGAAAUUGAUCAUUCUGAUCAAAGGUAGAAGUUUCAAGACGAUGAAAAAAUACUUAUUAGCUAUAAAUAAACAUUGUCCAAAUGUUGUGAAAAAUGUUUGGAAUCGGUAUGAAAUUCUGUUGCACGAGAAAAGGGAUGUUUGGGUGUGUCCUAUGUGCGAACUGAAAGAGAAUGUGGAUAUAAAAUAUGUGAUAGAUGUGCUUUAUGGAAAAAGUGUCAUUCGAACAGGGUUGUAUUCCAUGGUUUGUGACAGCAACAGUUCUAUAGGGCAACAAGAUUAUUUAUGGGAUUCGCUCCUUCAAGCAUGUUCUGGAGAUAAUUUGAAAUAUCUCACCGAUGCUUUGAAAGCCAAAGGUCAUUAUACCCACAUAGCAGAAUCGUUGAAUUAUUAUCGCCGAAGCCUGUCGUUUGAUUCUCCUUGCUUAUGCUCAAGCGCUGGAACGCCCCCGGUUCCAAGAAAGGUCAAUUCGGAUGAAAAUGAAACUUCAACCACCCAGUCGCCGUUAAGUUCAUCUUUUGUAUCUUCACGUGAAGACGAAAAUACAUCACCGAAAACAAUGUAUACAGGAAAACAUGAUAGCAUAAUUAACAGUACGAACAGCAAAGAUAAUUUACAAAGUGAUCAACCAAGUGACGUUAGCAGUGCAGUAACAGUUGUAGCAAACGCAAGAGAUGACGAGCUUCUUCUUCCUGAUGCAGACGACAAUGUCCAGGGCAGUGUCAUUCCUUCAUAUAACUGUAUUUGUUUUUGUUUCAGGUGUUGCAGACAUAAAUUAUCUAUGCAGAAUCAUUAUGGAACAAUUUAGAAUAGUAUUGCGGUUGAAAUGUUGAGUUGCGAGCCGUGAGUUCAGGAGCAGUAUUACUGUAAUAAGAACUGCUUGUAAAACACGUACGCUCCCAAUGAUGACCUGUCCCAUUUCCGGUGACCGUGCUCUUUGGCCUACCGAUCCCCAACACAAUAACUUGCGAUCACCCACCAUCCUAUGAAGUGUGUGGACUGUAGACCAAAACGUUCUUAAGUUACUGAGCGGAAACCAUUUACAGUCUCGAGGUCACUGUAAAUUUGACCUUUGACCUACUGACUCACAAAACAAAGGGGUCAUCUACUGACCAUAGGCAAUUAUCUAAUGAAGUUUGACAACUGUUGGCCAAGCGUUCUUUAGUUUUUAGCUCACCUGAGCACAAAAUGCUCAAGGUGAGGUAUUGUGACCAGUCAUUGUCCGGCGUCCGUCUGCGUCCAUCGGGCGUCGUCCGUCAUUUGCCUUGUGAACACUCUAGAGGCCACAGUUGUGACUCAAUCUUCAUGAAGUUAGAGAGAAUGUUUGUCUUGAUGAUCUCUAGAUCAAGUUUGAAUCUGGGCAACAGUUGUAACUCAAACUUUAUGAAACUUGGUCAGAAUGUUUAUCUUGAAGACAUGUCUGUCAAGUUUGAAACUGUGUCAUGUGGAAUUAAAACCUAGGUCAGUAGGCCAGAUCAAAAGAAAAUCUUGUUAAUACUCUAGAGACCACAAUUUAAGUAUGAAACUCAUGCGAAUUGGUCAGAAUGUUUGUCUUGAUAACCUCGAGGCAAGUUCGAAACUGGGUCAUGUGAGAUUAAAAACUAGGUUAAUAGGUCAGAUCAAAGGAAAAGCUUGUUAACACUCUAGAGGCCACAGUUGUUAUUCAAUCUUUAUGAAACAUGGUCAGAAUGUUUGUCUUGAUGAUUUCUAUUUCAAGUUUGAGUCUGGGUCAUGUUGGGUCAAAAACUAGGUCACCAGGUCAUCAAAGAAAAGCUUGUGAACACUCUAAAGGCCUCAGUUGUAACUCAAUCUUUAUAAAACUUGGACAGAAUCUUUGUCUUGGUGAUCUCUAGGUCAAGUUUGAAACUGGGUCAUGUGGGAUCAAAAACUAAGUCAAUAGGUCAGAUCAAAGGAAAAGCUUGUGAACAUUCUAGAGGCAACAGUUGUAUCUGAAUCUUUAUGAAACUUGGUCAGAAUGAUUGUCUUGAUGAUUUCUAGUUCAAGUUCAAAUCUGGGUUAUGUGGGUCAAAAACUAGGUCACCUGGAUAAAUCUAAGGAAAAAUUUGUGAACACUCUAGAGACCGCACUUGUGAUUCAAAGUUAUGAAACUUGGUCCAUGCCGUGAAUUCCCAGUCAAAAUUACCACUUUAGAUUUUCGCAGUAGAGAACUGUGGCAAGUCUAUAUCUGCAUGUAGUUUUCGUGUGGUUAUCGGUGUGUAACAUUAACGUAUUCGCAUUGACCGUUAAUUAUAGAAUAUAGCAUUUAUUUUUAUUCAUCGGUAUUUAACAAGUUAGAAGAGUGAAAGACCCACCAAUACCUAGUGGUCUACUUUUUCCUCCCACAUGAACUCUGUACAAAUAAUUCUGGUAAUACUGGUAUCAUACAACUAUUCUACAAGAUGACAGGUGGACAAGCUCAGUCCGGUUUUCAUAACUUCAUCUGCAAACUUACUCAGUCAUUCUCUUCUCGGUAUAGUUUUAUAAAAAAAUAGAAUAAUAACUAUCUUACACUGUAUAUAGAAACAAAGUGUGAUCUAAACUCACCUUAAUACAUGAAGUGCCGUGCAUACUACUACAUUAAUUGAAUACUAUAUUUAGUAAUACAUUGUCUUAGCCUUAUAUCUGUUACUGUCAAACUGUAAUUAGACACUUGUCAUUUCUCAUUUCUCCAUACAAAAAUGUAUAAUUACAAUUAUGGAACAAUCUGACUGAAGUACUUGAUCUUCUAAACGAAGAUCCGAGAAUGACCCAUUCUUAAUCGUCUUCUGUAUAUUUUUAAUUUCCAGAAUUGCUAUUUUUAUUUUCGCAAUACUAUUUUUUUUAUUUUAACCAAUCAGCCGACUUGUUUGAAUGUCAAAGAUUAAGAAAAAUGUGUAGGCUGUCAGGGACUCGAAUCCGGGACCAGUCUCUUACAGAGCAAGUGCUCUACCGACAGAGCUAACGCUUUACCGACAGAGCUAACCGGCUGACACUUUACGUCAUAAAAAAUGUAACUACCAAAAACCCAGUCAAAAUAUAGAUUUUUUAUUCUAACAAAAUGUUGUAAGUAAGUAAAAAUGUGUAGGCUGUCAGGGACUCGAAUCCGGGACCAGUCGCUUACAAAUUUUUUAUUCUUACAAAAUGUUGUAAGUAAGCCUUCUGCCUGGCUAACGGAAUGGUCGUCAGAACGAGGCUAUCAAUAGCACGUCUUCAGAUCCUAAGUAUAGCGUAACAGGAGAUGUACUUUAGUCAGACAGCAUUAUGGAAAUACAAAAGGUUACAGUUAGUGGUGUGUCUUUAAGGUAACUUGACAAUAGCCACUACUGACCUUGACAUUUUAAAGGGAUAAGUACAAAUAUAUAUAACUCUUAAAGUUAGAAUUGAAGCUCAAACAAGAGAUGGCACUAUUAGUGACAAACGCCCCCAGAGGUUUGUCCAAGAAUGCUACAGUUCGAUGCGCAAAAUAUGCCAGAAUAGUUAAGGUAUGACUAAUUUUCCGACAAGAGAAAAAGUUUCUCCGAAGGUAACCUUGACCUUAGAGCUAGGGUCUGGGUCUUGAACAUGACACACUAACUCAUCAUAGGGAAAAUUGUGACAAAUAAUGUUUGACGAAGACAGAGUUAUUGACUGGACAAGAAACAUAAAUUUUAGCUUUUUAAUCUAAGUUUGACUUUGACUUUGAAACUAGAGAUUUUGGACUUGCGUCUGACACGUCAUUUUAAUAUAGGGAACGUUUAUGCCAUGUAAUUUUAAAAUGGCUUCAUCGACGGAAUAGGUAUGGAACUGACAAGAAACACUUCAUGCAAACCGUUAACCUCUAAAUGUGACAUCGAUCGUGGAGCUAGUGGUCUGGUUGUUAUGCACGACACGUUUUCUCGUUUUCGGGGAAUAUUUCUGCUAAUUAAUUUCGAAAUUUCUUUAAUGACAGAGUUACGAACCGGGUAUGAAACAGACCCUUUUAACCUUUCACUUGACCUCUAAGUGUAAACUUGAUCUUGGAGCUAGGGGUCUGGGUCUUGCGUGUAAUCAUUUUGUGGGGUCGAAUCUACGUGAGUUUUUUUUUCAUGUUUAUUCUUUGUGUGUGUUUGUGUGUGUGUGUUUUUUUUUUCUUUUCGUUUUCAUUUUCAUUCCCAUAUCUUUGUUUCUUUCUUUGAUGGUUUGUAUUUGUAUGGUUGCCUUUAUAUAAAACAACAGUAUGUUUAUUAUUUGCAUGGCUUAAAUGCAUGCAUUUAGUCAAUAUCAUCUUUGAUAUAAUGGUAAACUUUUCUGAUCUGCCAUGUCGGCUUAUAAUACUUCUCUGUUGUGUUGUCACAUAGUUCAUGAAGGAAUCUAAAUGUUUAGUAAUACGAGAAAAAAAAAUAAUGUCGAUGGUGAGUUUCGAACCCACACGGUAAAAGAUCUGCUUAACAUGGACUGUAUGCUUUACCACUGAGCUAAUUGCAAUUGGUACAAAAUCUUUAAAUAUUUAGAUUGUAACAUGAUUAAUGACAGAGUUACGAAUCGGAUAUGAAACAGACCCUUUUAACCUUUCACUUGAUUUCUAAGUGUAAACUUGAUCUUGGAGCUAGGGGUCUGGGUCUUGCGCGUAACACAUUGUCUCCUUAUGGUAAACACUUAUGCCAAGUUGUUUCAAAACCCCCUCAUGGAUAACAGAGUUAUAUAUCGGACACGUAAAGAUCUAUUAUGAUAUGACUUCUAAAUAUGACACUGACCUUGGAGCAAAGGAUCUGGGUCUUGCGCGUGACACAUUGUCUGAUUAUAGUUACCAUUUACGCCAAGAUAUUUCAAAAUCCCUCCAUGGACAGCAGAAAUAUGGAUCGGACACAAAAAUAACCCUGUUAACACCUUGACCUUGGAGCAAGGGUUCUCAUUUUCAAGUGAUAAACAUUUAUGCUAAGUACUUUUAAAGGUGGAUAAUCAGAUUUUGGCCAUGUAACGGAUUUGUUCGAAACUUUAGCAUCUGAUCAUUUACACUCAUUUAUGUUCACUUAACACUUAAUACAAAUUAGAUUUUCACUGGAGGUAUUUUUAAAAUUUCAUUUUCCUAUCCUGGUUGCCCAACCAAGAUAGAGUUAUUUUAUCAUAAGUAUAAAUUUGAUAAACAUACUUUGCCUAAGGAAAUGUAUAAAUAUUAGACAUAUUGUAAUAUAUUUGUAAAAUAUUUGUAUUAAAAAUUAUGUAUUUAGAUGGAAUUCAUUAGAAACGCAAGUUUGAAAAAAUAUUAUUACCUCCCUUUGCCUAUCUUGGUUGCGCAACCAAGAUAGAUUGGAAAUAAAUGAAUUCAGAAGCUACACACAGCUUUUAAACUUGCAUUUUGGUUCAGAUUGUUCAAUAGUUGAUAUGUCUAUCAAAUGCAAAUGUAAAACUAGACAUUGUAUCGAAAUAAAAAGAAAUACCCAGCUUUUUAUAUACUUUCAUAUUAAAGGGGAGUAAUUACAAAAUUUUAUAAAAAUAAUAAAAUAUACAUUUCAAAUAGGAAUCUAACUCUAUGUAAUCGGUCUUUUUGUUCCUUAAAUAAUUCUCUACCAGGAUAUACAAAAAGUAAAAAUGUCAUUAAAUGUUGUUUAAAUGUGAUUGACCACCUUUAAAACCUCUUGAUGAAUGGCGAGGUUACGAUCCGGACACAAAACAGACUGUUUGACUUCUAAGUGUGACCUUGACCUUGUAGAAAGGGGUCUGAGUGUUACACAUUAAACGUCGUCUCAUUAAGGUUAAAAUAUUUAUGCCAAACUAUUUCAAAAUUUCCUUCAUGGAUGACAGAAUUACAGCCCGGACAAGAAUUUACAAAGUUACGGUCGGCAUUAAAAUCAAAGAACAUACUGUAGUCUUUACAAAUAAAAAGUUAUUUGCUGAAACAUAUUUAAAUGAUGUAAGGAUGUUAUCAUUAAAUAAAAUCCUAAAAUUAUUUUUUUUCUUGAAAUAGAUAUUGAUAUAUACUUAAUCACUUAAUAACAACAUAAUAUAUUAGGUCCUAACAAAAUCUGAAAAAUAGAUCCCUCAGAAGCAACGAGGACAAAACAAAUAGUAAAUAUUGCAGACCCGAUUUGACUUAUAGUUGGUUUAAUUUGUACGCUAGUAAGCAGUGUUCAUGUAUUUAGAUAAUUUACAACCAUGCUUUGCACGGAAUGAAUUUGCAACCAUGCUUUGCACGGAAUGUCAUGGAUCAGAGGGAUAGACUGGCUAUAUUCAUCACUAAAACCCGGCAAACUGUAUGAAAUCUAAAGUGGUAGGAUAUUCAUGGCAUGAGAAUGUUUGUCUUGAUAACCUCUAGGUCAAGUUAGAAGCUGGGUCAUGUGGAGUAAAAACUAGGUCAGUAGACCACAUCAAAGGAAAGUCUUGUUAACAUUCUAGAAACCACAAUUUAAGCUUCAAACUCAUGAGAAUUGGUCAGAAUGCUUGUCUUGGUGACAUCUAGCAAAAGUUCGAAUCUGGGUCAUGUAGGGUCAAAAGCUAGGUCAAAUCAAAUCAAAGGAAAAGCUUGCAUACACUCUAGAGGCCACAUUUUUCCUCCAGUAUAUUUCCAAAACUUUGUCAGAAUAUUUCUUUUCAUGCAAUUUUGGACAAGUUUGAAUCUGGGUCAUGUUGGGUAAAAACUAUGUCACUAGGUCAAAUCAAAGAAAAUGCUUGUUUACACUCAAGAGGCCACGUUUUUUUUGGUCCAAUCUUAAAGAAAAUUGGUCAGAAUAUGAAUUUGGUCUCCAUGAAAUCACUAGAUUAAACGUAUUUACACUGUUAUGGUGUGUUACUCAGGUGAGCGACCUAGGGCCAUCUUGGCCCUCUUGUUUGUUUCAAGAUCACUUUAACCUUGACAUUUUGGUCUGCUGACCUCAAAAGCAAUAAGGGUCGUACUGACCCCAUGCAGUUAUGCAGACAGAUCGAUAUACACAACCAAUGAAGGGUUGCAUAAAAAUAGGAUAAAUGAAUGAUAAGCAGCUACAUGUAUUGUUACUGUUAGUCUAUGUGUUCAUUCCUUGAAUUUACAUGCGUUGUCAGAAAGGUUCCUCUGACAUUUAGUCUUGUAACGGUAUACGUAAAAUUUCUGUGUAGGGUCAAAUUCAUCAUCCAGCGCUGACCUAGGAUUUUCAAAAGACAAAAACUAAAUACAAAAAAAAAAAUGCAUAUAGAAAUAAAAGUGAAAAUCAACAUGUCCAUAAAUUAACAUGUAAUUUGUUAAUCUAUGGUGCCAAAUGUUGCCUUUUGAAAAAUGGAAUUAUAAAUGUGAAAUCUAAUUAUUAUCGAAUAUCGCCUAGAUAAAACUGUGCUCUUCAAACUGCCUUCCAGUCAACACAAAAAGCCAUAGACCUAGAACACUUUCACAUGUUCAGUGAUUUAAGACGAUAUUAACAGACUGAGUGAACACAAGUGUACAUGCAGUUUGCCUCUUCAGGAUUUCGCAUUUUUUGUAUAUACUUUUUAUUGCAUAAAAACUUUUAUAUUUCCUAGGAUCCCGUCUCGACUGUGUAUCCCGAUUUCGCCCAAUUUCCACUCGUUUCAGUCGGGCCAGGUGCGCGUGCAUCAGUUCUGUACAUUGUGUAUGCCGAAUAGCCCGGCACCUUUCGUUGUACCGAUCAUGUGAUCGGGAAAGCCCUGUGCUCACCAUAUAAGAUAGCACUGAAUGUACUCCAUAAUUCCAAUAGACUAGAAAUAAUGUCCGCGCCGAGUCCAAAGAAGAGAUGACUUUUACUACCGCCACACGACACUUUGGGGCACUAUAUGUAGUGAAAUGUCUGUUUGGACAAAUUUUAUUAUUGUUACAAAUAAAUUCAUCAUACCUCCACCUGUCAAAAAUAAAUUUAUAGGUUCAAAUAUAAAAUAUUUAUUUGAACAUUUAUUGGAUGAAGUUUUACGAUAAACUGUAAACAUGGUAAAAACAGCCAGGCUAUAUAUAAAUUUGGUCACGCUAUUUCUCCGACCAUCUGCUUAGCAUUUGAUUUAAUGAAAAUGUUGAUAAUCGUAAUAUGGUCAUUCAAGAACACUAAAAGACAGCUACAAAAACUUUACCAACAAAUUAUGAUUCGAAACAAAUUUUAAAACAAGACAUCUGUACUGCAAAAGAAUUGAGAUUAUCAUAACAGAAUUUUAUAAGAAGUUGAAAAUAAGAACAAAAUAUAAGACCAAUUUAUGACGGAUUUGAUUUUGACUUUGCGGGCAGUGUAGAUCAUGAUCAGCCUGCACAUCCGUGCAUAGUCUGUGUUUUGUUCAUAGGAGAUAACUCCUGAGGCUAUUCAAAAUUUUGUAUAAUUAUGUCCCUUUUCUUCUCAACCCAUAAUCAGGACCAAGACUGAUAAAGUCAGAAUAUAUAACAGAUUUUUUUU